CCGGUCAGCGACGCGUGCAGGUAAUCUCUAACUACCUGCACUACUCUCUAUAGGCAUUCCCACUCCAUCGAUGGAGCCUGCCUGCCUUCCUCCUUCGUUAUCCACAGAUCUUCGCUGCUGCGAUGCAUUCCGCCGACAGAUGACUGUCCGCCGCAUGGACAGAGACAGAUAGACGGCUGACCGCCGAGACACCCAAACCACACACGGGCUGGUAGCUAGUGGCGUCGCACCUUGGACGCCUUCUGGAUGAACGCCGCCGCCAAGUCCUCACCUACACGCAUCCAGACAUCAGACAGUGGUCCAUGAGUGCCUGUGUGCGAGAGUGGAGGGAGACACAUGCUCCCUCUCCUCUCUCACCGUUGAGUAUCUUGAGGGCCUCCUGCAACGACUCGAUUUCCUCCUUGCGGCGCGCCACACGGUCCUCAUAACUCACACUGAACAACAAAGAAGGAGGGGAGACACAACAGACGGCAAGAUGCGCGGAAGGUAUGGACUGGAUGCGAUGCCUUCUCGUCGUUGGUGUGCUGUGCUGCACAGCACACACCUGGUGUCAACGCAUGCGGGCUUGAGCUUCUCGUAGUAGGCCAGGGCGGCGUCCAGCUCCUUCUGUGCACCUUCAUGGUCCUAAACACACACAUACACACACACAUACAGAUGCAUGGACAAGAGGAUCGGUGAGAGUGCGGCUGGCGUGUGCAGCUGUCGGCUGACCGACCUGUAUCUUCUCCUGUUUGUCACCCUCGAGUGUGUGUUUCUUCUCAGUCUUGUCCUCGAUGUCCUUCUCCAUGGUCGCCUUGUUGACCUGAGACUCCAUCAUAAACUAACACACACACACACACAUGGAGGAGUCACUGCAUCCAUUUCUCUCUCGUUCGAUUACCGAUAGGUAGUCUUUCGAGGCUUGCUCCUCAUCUGCUUUCGUCUCCGUCUCAAGUCUGCAUCAACCGACCAACACACCCCACACACAUAUACACACACGAUGUGCGUGUGUACGUCUUCCCCCCCACACCCAGCAAUCCAGCCGCCCACCUGGCAAAGUCGGAUUGGAUGACCUCGAGCAUGGCGACCACGCCGCCCUUGCCUCCUUGCCCACCGCCCUUGAACGACUCGUCCCACGUCAUGGGUGCGUCCGCCUCGGGUGUCUGGUACAGGGCUGACUUGAGCUGCAGGAACGCUGUCGCCUCGCCGGCCUUGGCGUAGAAUUCCUUGAGGAUGGUCAGCGCCUGGGCGACGGCAGUUUGGGCCUCCUGGGCAUCUGGGGGACACACACAGCACAGCGAGAGGAACCAGGAUGUCUCUCUGUCCCUUUGUGUUUGUGGGUAGCUAAGGGCGCGUACGUACCGGCGAUGGUUUGUUUGUUGGUUUCCUUCUCCUUUUGUCGGUGUUCGCUCGCCUUGGCCAUGGCAGCCUCCAGCUCGCUGAGCUCACUGGUGGUGUCCGCGACCUCCUGCGCCAGCUUGUUGAUGUUGGCAGUCAGCUCCUCGACCUCGGAUGCCAAUGUGUCCACCUCAUCGCUGAUUUGGACACACACACACACACACACAGAGGGAGAAAGGCGUGUGUCUUGGUAUUCUGGGGGUCUGGGGGUCGGCUGUAUGCUGACCUUUUGCUCUUUCUGGUCUGUUCGUUGGCCUUGAGCUCAGUGUCGCACCAGCCCUUGUGCUCCGCCUCGGCAUUGGCCUCCUCCUACACACCAAUGGCCAACCAACACACACAACACACCCCACACACACUCGCGCCAAUGCAGCUGAUGUGUGUGUGUGCGUGUGUGCGGUGGUGGGUUACCAUGAGUCGCACGAUGAGGUCCUGGAUCAUCUUCUUGACUUUGGUGAAUGGGUCGUCUGCCACCUUGGCGGACAAGGAGAGCAGGACCGACGAGUUGAGCUUCUCGGCACGGGUGCGCAGGAACUCCGCAACGGUCGUCUGCACCGCACGGCGGGACUUGGAGCCAACCUGAACCAUGCAUGAGCCCAUGACGCACACACACUUGGGGGUGGGGUGUGGGGGUAUGUGUGUCGCUGCAUUGUUGUCACCUGGAUGAAUGAGGUGGCCUUGACGGCGUGGGCGUGUCCUCUGUUCUUCUGGAUGAGUGUGGGUGUCUGCACCAGGGUGGGCAGGUACUUCUCCGCGUGUGGCUUGACGGUCGACUCCAGGACGUCAAUGGCCUGCGUCACCGCCUCAAUCUCCUCACCACGCAGCUGCACACACACAACACACAACACACACACACACACAACACAGAGCAAUACCGCCACCCACUCUUUGCCCUCCCCCUCCCCCCACAACGCACCUUUUGUCUCGACUCAAAUUCCUGGUUCUUGGUCUCACACUGCGCCUUAAGGUCGGUGAGGUACUUCUUGUCACCCUCAUACGUCUGUGUGGUAUCGGCGAGCUCGCCCUUCCUGUCGCCGGCGUUCCGCAGCUUCCUGCCCCGCACCUCUGUCUUCUGGUCGCGGCUCUUUGUGGCCGUGGCGAUGGAGUUCUGGAGGUCUUGCGAGAGCAUCUCGUAGGCGUGACGGGCGUUGGCCUGCACACAAAGGAAGGGCGGAGGGCGCAUUCAUUGUGUGGGGUGUGGGGUGGGGUGUGCGCUGAUGUGGGGUACCUCUUCUUUCUCGAGUUGGGUGCGUUCGUCGAUGAAUUUGUCGAGGAGCUUCUCGAGCAUGUCGGUGACCCCACCACUUUGGAACUCAUAUGCAUGCGCCUCGGGGGCCUUAUACCUACACCACACACACACACAGACAUGGAUGCAUCUCUGCUCUGCACGCGUAGAUGUCUCCUGUCUGUGUGUGUAUGUGUGUUAGCUACCCCAGUCCAGUGGCUGCUGGUGGCUCCUGUGCCGACUGCAGGAAUGCGUCGAUGUCGGUGCGGGCCGCGGCGGGCAGCUUGGUGCGGAGCGUCUGCAGCAGCGAUGCCGCCUGGGCGCGGUUGAAGCUCUGCUCCUUCAGGACUUUGAUGGCACGCUCCAACGCGUCAAUGGACUCGGAAUAAUCUGUUUUCGCCAUACAGGACACACAACAGACAGACACAGAUGCGGUCAAUGGAGGCAUAGAUCUUCCUCAGAUCUCCCUGUCCUGUUUGCCCACCUUUGUGUGUGGCGACAAAGUCGGUGUUCUCGUGUUCUCGGAUCUCAGUGGCGUCCUUGUGGUCGGCGUCCCACGUGGCUAUGUCGGCGUCGUGCUGCUGGAUCUCCUUGGCCAGCCGCUUGGCGUGGGCCUCGAACUUGCCGAUCUGGGCCUCAAGGGUCUCCAUGAGAGUCCUGCACAGUGUAGGUGGACAUGGGUACGCGUAGAUCUACAGAUACAUCCAUCUGUGGAGGGAUAUCAUGGCUGGCUUACGUGGCUUCCUUGAUGGCGGCGUCCUUGGUGGCAGAUGUGUCGAUGCACCACUGCUUGUAGGCCGCAAAGGCCAGCUCCUCUUCCUUCUUCUCCUUCUCGCCCUGAGAUAGACACGCCUGCACACACACCGCACCACCCGCAGAGAAGGAAAGAUCUCAAGAUCUCUCUCCCAGGCGGCAGCUGGAGAGAUCUGUGGCAGAUCUGUUGUGCAGAGGCCAUCCAUCCAGCGCACCUUGAGCAUCUCGAUGACCUUGACCGUCGGCGUCACGGCAGCCUGCACCACAUCAUCAACCGUGGAGGCGUGUGUAGUCCCGACGUGCUGCGGCGGGUGCGGUGGGAGUCGUGCGUGUCGGUGAGUGAUACCUUGUACUUGAGGAGGACGGCCGAGCUGACGGCGACGAAAACCAACGAGAGCAAGACCUUCAUCCUGAAAAUGCGGGCAAAGAAU